AAGACCAGGCCAUAUGGCUAGCUAGGGUCGGGGCGGAAUUGCAUUUAGGCUCUGCCUUGGAGUUCACUACUUGGCCCACCACAUCACAAUGCGAAGUGGGGUGUGAUAGGGGCAAAGGCGAGAGGGCCAGGAGAGCUGUGAGAGUGCUGUGUAAAGACUGGAGAAGGGAGGGAUCGCAUUCACUUCUCGCUUUAUCUACGUUAGGAUUUUAAAGGUAAAGAAUCGGAGCGACCAUGACGGGGACGCAGCCAUCUUUGUUCCUGGCAAGUGGGGGGGGGCCCUCCAUGAUUCCAACUGGCAAAGGACCAAACGGCUCUAGAGCCACAAAAGGGCAGGCAAGGUCCACGUCGGGUCCGAGCCCGCCAGUCCAGGACGACCAGGAGCUCGGCUUCGCCGCUAGCCGCCUGCCCGCCCGGCCCUGCCUCGGGGCGCUCCCUUGGGCUCUUCUCUGAGAGUCUUAGCAGAGCACUAGACUCGGCACACGUCCGGGGAGGAACCGGAUGGGAGGCUCCACCUGACCGGAAGCGCCUCGCGAAGAUCACAUGAUUCCUAAACUGGCACCUGUUUGUUACUUGCUCGGGUCUUCUCUGCACUGGCCAGAAGUGCCUGAGGAGUGGGUACUGGCCACGUAGGUUAUAUGGGGCGACGGUAACCACGUCCUGCAGCUUCGGAGGAGGAGGAAAGACUCCCGAUUGGAGAGCGAGUGGGCCAGCAGGCCUGGCCCAGUACCUCCCUUCUGCCCCUCGUAAGUUGGAUGAGACCGCCGGGAUCUCCUGCCCGGGGCCAGGCUUUGACCGCUGGUGAUUGCAGACCCCACCAUGGCGUCUGCGGACACCUGGCAGCAACAUUCAGACUCAGAGAGAGAGGAGCUUCUUCCUAGAAAGUCCCGUGAGCCAGAGACUCAGUCUGUCCACUGGAGAAACCUGAUCGGUUUUUGGCUUCUGGGUCUUUGCAACAACUUCUCCUAUGUGGUGAUGCUCAGUGCUGCACAUGACAUCCUCAGGAACCAGAGUGCACCUGAAAAUAACAGCCAUAGGUGGAAACUGGGGCUCACAAAGGCUAAUCCACAGUUACACAUUCAGUUACUGGUGGAUCCAGAGCCGAGUCCAGAGCCGACACCUAUUUCUCACAACAGUACAUCUCGAUAUGAUUGCAACCCUGUGUCGACAGCUGCUGUCCUCCUGGCUGAUAUUCUGCCUACAUUUAUUAUCAAGAUGCUUGCUCCUUUUGGCCUUCACUUGCUGCCCUACAGCCCUCGAAUUAUCCUUUGUGGGGCCUGUGCUGCUAGUAGCUUCCUUCUGGUUGCCUUUUCCCAGAAAGUUAUGACAAGCCUAAGUGGUGUGGUCCUGACCAGUAUUUCCUGUGGACUGGGGGAGAUAACCUUUCUAGCCCUUACUGCCUUUUACCCCAGUGAGGUGGUUUCCUGGUGGUCCUCAGGCACUGGUGGGGCAGGAGUACUGGGGGCCUUGUCCUACCUCGGUCUGACCCUGGUUGGUCUUUCCCCUGAAAACACACUAAUCUCUAUGCUGGGCAUCCCUGUUCUUCUGCUGGCCACUUACUUUCUGCUGCUCAAGUCUCCAGAUUCAUUGGCCUCCCAAAGAGAUGGGGUGCUUGAGACCUCAGCUCAGCAGCCCCUCGCAGCAGGAGAGAGCUCAAAACCCCCAGACCCCAACUUCAAUCAGAGCCUCUCUUUCAGUGACAGGUGGAAUGUUUUUAAGGGUCUCCUGAAAUACAUCGUCCCCUUGACUCUAGUUUAUUUUGCUGAGUAUUUUAUCAACCAGGGGCUGUUUGAGCUCCUUUUCUUCAGAAACACAUCUCUGAACCAUGCCCAGCAGUACCGAUGGUACCAGAUGCUAUACCAAGUUGGAGUCUUUGUCUCCCGAUCCUCUCUCCGUUGCUGCCACUUCCGUUACAUUUGGCUGUUGGCAGUGCUUCAGUUCCUGAAUCUGGGCUUCCUGAUGGCUGAAGUGUGGUUCAAUUUCCUUCCCAGUAUCUACCUUGUUUUCCUGAUCAUUUUGUAUGAGGGAUUCUUGGGUGGGGCUGCCUAUGUAAACACCUUCCACCGAGUUGCCGUUGAGACCCAGGAUGAGCACCGGGAAUUUGCCAUGGCAACUGCCUGCAUAGCAGAUACCUUGGGGAUCUCUCUGUCAGGGGCCUUGGCCUUGCCUCUGCAUGAUUUCCUAUGCCAGAGUCAUUGACACUUGACCGAUCUUGGAGCCCUUCCUAUAGCCUGGGAACAGAAUAAGCUAGAGGAUGUACUCUUCUGUGACUUUUAUAGUCCAAAUCCUCUGGAUUUGGAUGCAAGAGAGACUUAAUGAAUGUGCUUGUUACAGUGGGGCCAAGUGGAUGUUUGGGGGCCCUGGAAGAAUGUCCAGGAAGAUCCAUAUAAUUUAUCUUCUACCGAUAAACUGAGCUUUCGACAUCAGACUAUCAAUUGAGUACUGAAAUUUGACAUUCAUGCUCUCCCAUUAACAACAUAUUUUAUCAAAUA